AUUAUACAUUUCCAUAUCAUUUCCCUCGAGACCUUUCGCCGAUUGGACACUUCCAGAGGUAUGCCAGCUCUAUGGACUCUGCGAUAUUGAAGAUGACGUAUCAUUGGAUCUUAUAUCAGAAUUAAAAUUUUGUCUCAAGACUGCUUCAAUGCAUUCAAAUGAAGCAUCAAAAUCCCAUUAUACAAUCAAAACAUCAAAAACUGCUAGCAUAACUGAAGUUAAGUAUCAAGAUUUUGAGAAGGGUGUUGCUCAGAAUGCUGUUCAGAUUGAAUCUGUUUUGACAAAUCGCAAGCGUAAAGCUGAAGAGAUGGAAGAAAAACCAACAGAUUUAAAUAUUGAAGUGCAAUCUGUGAAAAGGCAAAAGAAAUCAGAACAAGAUAAUAAUUUGUAA